AUGGGAAUAGAACAGGGGACAGAUGGGGUAUUCAGCCUACCAGGUGAAAUGCCCGACGAUUUCGCGCAAAUCGCUCAAUAUUUUGAACCGGGUACACUCCCAGAUCAAGCCAAUACUCUCGAUCCCAUCAUCAGCGUCUACGACCUGAACCCGGGCGUGAUGCAAGACCUGCUUAACAUGCAGCUCAUGAACGCCCCCUACUUCCACUUAUCCGCCCAGGAGACCACAUUCAAGCCCUGCGAGUUCCACGACCACAAGUCCAGCGACCCUUGCCAUAUUCAAAAAUCGAGAACCGAGUUCGACCCCGACUUCUCGCGAGCGGGCUCGACUGGGUGGUUGGGUGAAGGUUCUGCAGCUGAUGCCACCAGGGCGAGCAGAAAGUGCACUUCCAUGGUAAAGGGAGAGAUACUGGGACGUAUAUCGAAGCUAGCGUGGAGGCAGUGA